GGAGAGGACGCUCGUCUGGAAGCCAACAUGGGGCACCUGCUCCCCAUAGCUCUUCUGCUCCUCCUCACUGCCCUUUAUGGGGUCAUCUCAAGCACUCAGAGUACCCAAGGAUCAACUUGGUAUAGUUUAAGCGUGCCUAACGCCACACUUAAUGAUCCCGGCCACGCUGUCCUGCAAAAUGCUUCAGUAAGUUUGCUGCAGUGUGCAGAACUUGCCAGCCUGGCUUUUCCAGGUGGAAUUUUCUGCUACAGCAACGGGAUAUGUAACCUCCAUGAUUUGCAAGUUAAUUGGACCAUUGAAGGAUGCUUGAACGUUACUAACAUCUGCUACAUGGGCCUCCCUCCACAGCCCUGUAAUUCCUUCGCUGUGGUGUCCGGACUGGAGGAUUUGGGUCGCUUACUUUUGCCGCCCAACAUUAUGAUGGCGUUUGAUGCCUCUCGAUCGUUCUGUAAGUGUCUAGGUGGAGACCUGCUUGUGGCGCCUACAGCGGAUGCCUUCCUGCGUCUAGCUGCGUAUUACACCCAAACCAGUACCUUGACGAACGUGUGGGUUGGUGUGCAGCAAACCCUUUGGCUGAACGGACGAAAUACUGAACCAAAAGAAUUUGCUCCUUUCGAACCUAACCUCCUUGGCAAAGCAUGUUGCCGUAUGCAAAACGAGUUCUCCCGUAACUUCCUUCUUGCUGACAAUCCCUGUGACAUGGUAUACAACUUCCUCUGCCAGCUGAAUUAACCCCUGGGACAGUUUAUCAUCCUCCUGCUUGUAAAAGUAACCGCCAGGGACAGAUUACUUCAUUCCCCUGCAUGUAAAAGUUAAUCCCAGGGACUGGUUAAUAUCCUCUUGCCUGUAGACGUGAACCUCAGGUACAGUUUGUCAUCCUUCUUCCUGUAUAAGUAAACCCCAGAACAGUUCACCAUGAUCCUGCCUGUAGAAAUAAACACCAAGGAAAUUUCAUCAUUUUCCUGUCUGUAGAAGUAUCUUCAUGUUUUUCAUAAACACACAGAACACAUGAACACAAUAUAUAUCGUUCUGUAUAUUACUAAGGUAAUUGUGUUCUCAGUUCAUCUACCAGUCGGUGAAUAUUUCCUAAAAAUAUUGGCACGAAACUAUACCUAGAAAACUAAGAGUACUAAUUUCAGGAAUUAUAUCAGUUUUACUUGUAUGGAUAACAUUCAUAUUUUAUACAUAAAUUAUAUCAACAUUUUCAAUAGGAGUGCAGUCAGCAAUACUCUUAGGAACGUCAGAAAUAUUACAUGCAGGAAUAACACCAAUCUAACCUGUAAAAAAGUCAUUCUGCUUGAACUAUAAUGCACUUGGAAUAUUAGUUAUUAAUUUUGAACAUCUUUAACAACAAAUUACAUAUAAAGACUCGACAAUUAUUAUUAUUUUUAUAUACUUUACUUUUUUUGUUUUGAGUGUCACAAGUCAGAGUUUGCUUUGAGGUUUGAGAGCUUGAAAUACACUUUCAUGCACAGUGAUGUGUAAUCACCGAGGAGAUUCUGUAGUUCGUUUGUUCUAUAUUGUGUAUUACAAGCUAUUUAAUUUCUUGAAGUGAGGGAAUGCCUUGGUCGCCAACCUGUCUCCAUAAUGGGUUAAAUAUUUACACGAAUUUGGGGAUGAUUGGGGCAUCAAAACUGUUUUGUUCAAUACAAUGGACACAUGUAUCUAGUUGACACAUAUCGCACCGCCUUUAUAAUAGUUUAUUCUUAAGGGGAAGCCCUUGUAGAGAUGCUAAAUGGACUGUUUUGCAAUUUUUGAUCUUUGUAGAAUACAGGCCGACCAGAGACACCCGUCUUAUACUGCAGAGUCUACUUGUACACUUAAUCGUCAACUACAUUAACUCUGCUUUUCAUAGGAUACGCAACUUUAUCUUGAUUUUUGUCUAACAUCUUAAGUUCGGACUGUACAUUUCUUUGAACACCUGUUUACAAAUGAUUUAGGGAUUACACAACCCUUAACAUUAAGUGGAACGAUCUCAUCGACAAACAAGACAGUUUGGAGGCGUCUUUGCUUCCAACAUUUUUCAAUUGUAUUUUUUUAGAAUAGAUUUUCACCUAUUCUUGGUAAUAAAAUAAUUUUUAUUAAUAUUAGUGAUACUUUUGUUUAUAAAAUUGUCUUUACCACU